AUGUCUUCUUUAAAAUUAUUAAAUACGUAUCCAAAAUACUCUGGUUUGCUGUCACAAAAUCUUCCAGCAGUAUGUAAGCGGGAAAUCUACCAUUUUGGUCCUUCUUUUACACAUAAACCACAGUCUUACAAGGAGAGGAGACUCAUAGGUUAUUCACCAGAGAAUAUGUUUGAUAUUGCCAUCGACGUUGGUCGUUAUUCAGAGUUUGUACCUUGGUGUAAUCACUCAAGUAUUGUUGAACGAGGUGAAAGUAGCAUGUUAGUUCGUUUGGGUGUCGGAUUCCCUCCACUCAGUGAAUCAUAUAUGUCUCGAAUAACUUUUGAACGACCUAAACAUUUAAAGUCUGUGGCCCAAAAUGUCCGAAUGUUUCAUCAUUUAAUUAAUGAAUGGCGUUUCCUACCUGGACUCCCAGAUAAUCCACUUUCGUGUAAUAUUGAAUUUUCUGUGGAUUUUGAAUUUCGUUCUCCACUUUAUUCAAAAAUUGCUGCACUAUUUUUUGAUCAAGUUGUCAGUGUUAUGGUGAAUGCUUUUAUGGAACGAGCUAGAGCACUACAUGGGAAACCAUCGAUUGCAGCACAAAAACCAAACAUAUUAACAUACAAUAAAUAA